UCUGGGUCUUGUCACAUAUCAGUUAAUAUCGAAUCGCUUAUCACUGGAUGACCAACGUAAAUGCUAGUGCAGCAACGACACACCCCCGGAAGACAGUGGCAGUCAUAGGUGGCUCGUUUGAUCCUCCUACUUUUGCUCAUCUCAUGGUGGCGUCACAGGUGGUUCAGCUUGGUUGUGCCGACGAAGCGUGGAUGAUUCCAUGUGGCAACAGACCCGACAAGGAUACUCGCGUUGAUGCGGCGACACGACUGCGGAUGACUCAGGUCGCCAUAGAGGCAGUCAUGCCUGACGAGUUUCCAGUCAAAUGUUGCGACAUUGAAGUGGCCAAUGGCUCUUUCAUUCCCACGGUUUCCCUCAUGCGUCGCCUCCGAGAGCGCUAUCCCAACAUCACGUUCCGCUUCGUCAUCGGCAGCGACUUGCCAUCAACGUUACUCGACUGGGACCAUGGAUCCGAACUGAUAGCUGAAAAUGAAUUCAUAGUUUUGCCACGGCCUGACUCUAAGCCAGAGUCCGAGUGGCCGGAAGGGUUCAAGUAUAUGAAGGUCACCGACCGAGUUACUGCGAAUCCACCUCUCCUCACCACUGAUAUUAGCAGUACCGCAGCGCGAAAUAGACUGCGGGAGCUUGGCUGGCUCGGUGCUGUGUCCAUCAUCCCCAAGCAGGUACUCGAGAUAAUUCGCGAUAAAGGGCUUUUCUUCCUCCCUGAAACGUCUGUGUGUUUGAGUUUGAAGUCCAACGUCGACAACAGUCAGACUCGCAUCGAUGCACAUCAGCUCACGAGAGAUCAGUUUUAG